CUCGUUUAUCUGAUUCCAUUUCACACAAUUGUUCACCACUCUCUUUAUACUUCUCUUCUUCGUCGACUCCAAUCGGCAACAUCAUCAAGAGGUCUCGGAGAGUGAGAUAUGAGCGGUCACGAUUCUAAGUACUUCUCGACGACGAAGAAGGGAGAAAUCCCUGAACUCAAGGAAGAGCUCAAUUCCCAGUAUAAGGAUAAAAGAAAAGAUGCUGUAAAGAAGGUUAUUGCUGCAAUGACGGUUGGUAAGGAUGUGUCAUCGCUGUUCACAGACGUGGUGAACUGCAUGCAAACAGAGAAUUUGGAGCUGAAAAAGCUUGUUUAUUUGUAUCUUAUAAAUUAUGCUAAAAGCCAGCCCGACCUUGCUAUUCUUGCAGUAAAUACAUUUGUAAAGGAUUCACAGGAUCCAAAUCCUCUCAUUCGUGCUUUGGCUGUUCGGACUAUGGGAUGCAUCCGUGUUGAUAAGAUCACGGAAUAUCUUUGUGAUCCCCUUCAGAGGUGCCUCAAGGACGAUGACCCCUAUGUCCGCAAGACUGCUGCCAUAUGUGUUGCUAAACUUUAUGAUAUAAAUGCUGAGUUGGUUGAGGAUAGGGGUUUUCUGGAAUCUCUCAAGGAUUUGAUAUCUGACAACAACCCAAUGGUUGUAGCUAAUGCUGUGGCAGCUCUUGCUGAGAUACAAGAGAAUAGUAGUGGACCAAUAUUUGAAAUCACAACCCCCAUGCUUACAAAGCUCCUUACUGCUCUUAAUGAAUGCACAGAGUGGGGUCAAGUUUUUAUACUUGAUGCUCUCUCCCGAUAUAAGGCAGCUGAUGCUCGUGAAGCAGAAAAUAUUGUGGAAAGAGUUACACCACGACUUCAACAUGCUAAUUGUGCUGUUGUACUUUCAGCUGUUAAGAUGAUUCUUCAACAAAUGGAACUUAUCACUAGCACUGAUGUUGUUCGAAAUCUUUGCAAAAAGAUGGCUCCUCCUCUUGUGACAUUACUCUCUGCAGAACCCGAGAUACAAUAUGUUGCAUUGCGGAAUAUCAACCUCAUAGUACAAAGGCGGCCUACAAUUCUUGCCCAUGAAAUCAAGGUAUUCUUCUGCAAGUACAAUGAUCCCAUUUAUGUGAAGAUGGAGAAGUUAGAAAUCAUGAUAAAGCUUGCUUCCGACCGAAAUAUAGACCAGGUUUUAUUGGAGUUCAAAGAAUAUGCAACAGAAGUAGAUGUAGAUUUUGUUAGAAAGGCUGUUCGUGCCAUCGGUCGAUGUGCUAUCAAGUUAGACAGAGCAGCUGAACGGUGCAUUAGUGUUCUGCUUGAGUUGAUCAAGAUUAAAGUGAACUAUGUUGUUCAAGAGGCUAUUAUAGUUAUCAAAGAUAUAUUUAGAAGAUAUCCUAACACGUAUGAAUCUAUCAUUGCAACCCUUUGUGAGAGCUUGGACACCUUAGAUGAGCCAGAAGCUAAGGCAUCAAUGAUAUGGAUAAUUGGAGAAUAUGCCGAAAGAAUUGACAAUGCUGAUGAGCUCCUUGAAAGCUUCUUGGAGAGUUUCCCUGAAGAACCUCCCCAAGUUCAACUGCAGCUGCUAACUGCGACAGUCAAACUCUUUCUUAAGAAGCCAACAGAAGGCCCACAGCAGAUGAUUCAGGUUGUAUUGAAUAAUGCUACGGUGGAAACUGACAAUCCUGAUUUACGGGACCGUGCGUACAUUUAUUGGCGCCUUCUAUCAACUGAUCCCGAGGCUGCUAAGGAUGUUGUGUUAGCUGAGAAACCUGUGAUCAGUGAUGAUUCAAACCAACUAGAUUCAUCCCUUCUUGAUGAGCUUCUUGCCAACAUUGCUACACUAUCUUCUGUCUAUCACAAACCUCCUGAGGCUUUUGUAACUCGCACAAAGACUGCAACUCCAAAAACUGAAGAUGAUGAGUACCCUGAUGGAAAUGAUACUACUAGGUAUUCUGAAACACUUUCUAAUGCUGUUAAUGGUGGUGCAUCACCACCAACCAGUUCAAGUAGCGUCCCAAAUGCUGCAGCUUGGCAGCCAGCUCCUGCACCUGCUCCUGUGCCUGAUCUGUUAGGUGAUCUGAUUGGUAUUGAUAACAAUCAAAUUGUCCCCGCUGAUCAGCAUGCCACAUCUGCUGGCCCCCCUUUGCCUGUUUUGUUGCCAGCAUCAACUGGACAGGGUUUGCAAAUCAGUGCACAGUUAGUUCGACAGGAUGGUCAAAUAUUUUACAGUUUGCUGUUUGAGAAUAACACACAGAUCACUAUUGAUGGAUUCAUGAUUCAGUUUAACAAGAAUUCAUUUGGUCUGGCAGCUGCGGGACCUCUUCAGGUUUCCGGGUUGGCACCGGGAGAAUCAGCAAGAACAUUGCUGCCAAUGGUAUUGUUCCAGAAUAUGUCUCCUGGUCCUCCAAACUCCCUUCUGCAGGUUGCUGUUAAAAAUAGUCAGCAACCAGUUUGGUACUUCAAUGAUAAAAUCCCGUUGCACGUGUUCUUUACUGAGGAUGGGAGGAUAGAGCGAACUAGUUUUCUUGAGACAUGGAGAUCACUACCAGAUUCGAAUGAGGUCCUAAAAGAAUUCCCAGGCAUGGUGACCAGUGCUGAAGCUACCCUUGACCGGCUAGCUGCUUCAAACAUGUUCUUCAUAGCAAAACGUAAGCAUGCCAACCAGGACGUAUUCUACUUCUCAGCCAAGAUCCCUCGAGGUAUACCUUUCUUGAUUGAACUUACAAUGAUAAUCGGAAGCCCGGGUGUGAAGUGCGCAGUGAAGACCCCAAAUCCUGAGAUGGCACCACUGUUUUUUGAAUCCAUUGAGACAUUCCUCAUGGCAUGAUGAUUGUUUUCCCCUGUUAUGUGGUUAUAAAUUUCCAGUGCAUGUUAAAUUCAUGAGCAGCCUGGGUUUUAGAUUUACUUCAAAUAAUCCCUGCUUUUCUGCUUUCUAGUUUUCUUUUGCCUUCAUUUAUUGUUCUUUUUAGUGUGUUAAAUACUACCAUAUGUACGAUUGUGGA